AUGGAAACUCAGAAGGCAUGGGCAGCUGACAUUCCUAGAGGCAUGGGCUACACAUCAAAUCAGCAGCAUGGGAACCUAAUGGGUGUGCUUCACCAGCCAAAGGGGGAGCACGAAUUUGCACUCUAUAAAUUGAGUGAUGCACACUCAUUCAAAGGAAGUCACUCCAUUCAGCCUAAAAUUCACUUCAGCCAUCCUCUAACACUCCCAUCCUUCCCCAAACACUCCAUUCAGCCCCAAAUCACCAAAACAGCUCCAACAAGCCUUCCUUCCAUUUCCCUACGAAUUUCCUCUUUCUCUGCCAUCACCACUCACCCAAACUCAUCCCAAAUCACCUCUUUAGUUGCCAUACUCUAG